AUGAAGACUAGGAUGAGGAAGAAGCAGCUGUCAUCGACGGCGAAAUCUUCGAACCCAAGUCAGUCGCUUCCCAAUGAUUUGGUACUGAUCAUCGUAGCACGCGUCUCAGUAUUGUACUAUCCGGCUCUCUCACUCGUCUCCAAGAGCUUUCGAUCUCUCUUGGCUUCACCAGAGCUUUACAAGGUCAGGUCACUCUUGGGACACACCGAGAUUUGUCUCUAUGUUUGCUUAAAAAUGAAACCUUAUAAGACUCAUACCUGGUUCACCCUCUGCCGGAAACCUGAUCGAACCCUAACCAGUAGUAAGGAGAGGAGAUCAGGUUUCCGGCAGAGGGUGAACCAGAGCAGUCAUUUGGACAAUACCGCAUGUAUUGACGGAAAGUUCAACGUGGUGACUUCCGCAAAAGUGGUUGCUUACGAUCCCAAGGAGGGUAGAUGGGACCCUGGACUCGUACCGAUAUCUAAACAUAUGCAUUCAGAUUCUUCUUGCGAGAUAGAUAAUGUUUUAUACUCUGCUGCUGACGGAGCGCUCAGAUGGUUUGACUCUCAGGUAAGACAGUGGAGAGAUUUGAAGGGUUUGGUAGGACUAUCCAGGCUCAGUCCUGUUGAUCAGGUUAGAUUGGCAGAUUAUGGUGGAAAGAUGGCGGUUAUGUGGGGCGUUGAGGUUCCUUGUGGUUCAGACUAUCCCACGAUCAUUUGUUGUGCGGUGAUUGCGCUUGAAAGGCUCAAUAGUUGUGAAAUUUUUGGGAAAGUUGAGUGGGUGGAUCGUGUGUUUACAGUCUUUGGCCCAUUUACUUUCGUGAAAGUUGUUGCUGCUACUGUCUGA